CUGCUCAGAGUCAGAAGAUGCUGGAAGAAAUCGAACGCGAAUUUGAAGCUGCAAAGAGACACAGUUUGUUAGAAGAGAUCGAACGUGAGUUUGAAGCACGUUCGAAGCCGCUACAAAAGAGCUUGAACAACUAAAGGUUAAUGACUUCACCGGGGAUAAAAAUGACGAAGAAAAAUCUGCAAAGAGAAAGAGUAUGCUUGAAGCUAUUGAACGCGAGUUUGAAGCUGCUAUGGAAGGCAUUGAAGAACUAAAGGUUUCAGAUUCCAACAGAGAUGAUGAAGAACAAUCUGCAAAGAGACUAAGUGUGCUUCAAGAGAUGGAACAGGAAUUUGAAGCUGCUACAAAAGGUCUUGAACAACUAAAGGUUAGUGAUUCAACCAAGGAAAAUGGCGACAAAGAACAAGCUACAAAGAGACAAAGUAUGCUAGAUGAGAUAGAACGAGAGUUCCAAGCUGCUACAGAUAGCCUUAAGCAACUUCAUGUUGAUGAUUCUACUGAAGACAAAGAAAAAUCUGCAAAGACGCAAAGUAUGCUAGAAGAGAUUGAACGUGAAUUUGAAGCUGCAACAAAAGAUCUUAACCAUCUACAUGAUUUCAUGGAAGGCAAUGCUGAUGAUGAACAUUCUGCUAAGAGAAACAAAAUGUUGGAAGAUAUCGAACGCGAAUUUGAAGCUGCCACAAAAGGUCUUGAACAACUAAAGGCUAAUGAUUUCACUGAAAGCAGUAAUGAUGAAGAACAAUCUGCAAAGAGACAGAGUAUGCCUGAAGAGAUCGAACGCGAGUUUGAAGCUGCUAUUGGAGGUCUCAAACAGAUUCAAGUUGAUAAUUCCAGAAACAUUGAAGAAGAAUCUACUAAGAGAAAGGUAAUGUUGGAAGAGAUAGACCGUGAAUUUGAAGAAGCACACAGUGGUAUUAGUGCACAUUAUGCUAAAGAAGACCCUGCAAAGAAACAGAGUGGCUCUGUUACACCAGAGGUUCUUGGACUUGGACACUCAGGUGUUUGUGGCUGUUUUCAAAUAGACAAUGAUGGUUUGAAACAAGACGAAGAUACUUCGAUCGUUAUACCAACAAAAUAUAGCAUAGAAGAGAUCCUCUCUGAAGAAUAUACAAUCAAGGGAACAGAUACUUCUAGUCAGAGCCGUGCGAAGGUUCAGAAGUAUGAGAAGCCAACCAAAAAAAAAUGCCUUGGUUUAAAUAAAAUAAAAACGUCUACAAAAAUUAACCACUUCUGUCUCAUAAUAAAACUAAUUAAAAAAACGAACUAAAACAAAAGUACUAA